AUGACCUUGGCUCAUUCAACCUCAAAUGACUUGAUUGUCGGAGGUAACAAUUCGUUGUUCAAGGUGGACUUGAACAGACCGACAACAUACCUGUCUUUCGCCCAUGACGGCGGCCUCUCGUUCAUCAAUUAUUCGUCCAAGUUAUUGACUUUAGGCCGCUCGUCAGGUGCGUUGGAGGUCUUUGAUCCAAACUCGAACAGCUCAGUAAAGAUCUUCCUGAGCAACAAUGGCUUGUUGUCUGACAUCGAUGUCAAGGGGAAUUAUGUCGCUACAUGCGGCUACUCGGCACGUUCCAAACGGUUCGGUAUGUCGGGGCCCCUAGAGUAUGUUGCUGACCCAUUGAUCAAUCUCUAUGACUUGCGCAUGAUGCGAGCACUUUCUCCACUUCCGUUUCCAGCGGGCGCUAGCUUCGUUCGGUUCCAUCCUAAGCUACCGAACGUUCUUGUGGCCGCAUCUACUUCGGGCCAGAUUCAAUUUCUCAAUAUGUUUGAUCAGCUACAUGUCAAUUUGUACCAAGCUGAUUUGACAAACUCAAUGGACAUGAAUUCGAUAUCAGCUCAAACAAGCUCAUAUCUUUCGAACCUAGAAGUCAGUGAAAGCGGAGAGUAUUUGUGCUUUAGUGAUGAUCACAAGACUAUGCAUAUCUGGUCAGUUAACUCUACUCCAAAUCACAGCUUCGUCAAUUACGGCACCGCUCUCGAUAGACCCACUGUCGUAGACGAACCAAUUUCCUCUUCUGAAAAGGUCACUUUAGAUGAUAAAAUGCCCCUCAAUGCUAUUGGCUUGCCCUUUUACAAAGAGUACCUUGCUUCUAAAUUUCCUGCCGACAUGAUAUUUACUAAGGAAUCGGCGAAGGUUCCUCGAAAGAAUUUCCCGGAGCAGGUGCCCCCGAAAACUAACGGACGAACUUUGCCUGCGCCCCAACCAUAUGACAAGAACAAGCUCGGGCCGAGAUACAUUGUCCCUGAAUAUGAAUCAUUGCAGGUCAAUCAACGCUUUAAAUCAGGAAGAAAGCCCGCAAAUCUUACGAAAAUACCGAAAUUUAUCAGUGAAAGGGAAAUGACAUCCUCUCCAGUGCCUUCUCUCAGGGGUGAAUCUGAUUACAGCCAUCGUGUCGAAGGCCCUUACCAGGAUUUGCAAGAACAUGAUAAUGAUAACGGAAAUGGAACGAUGGAUGAAGAUCUCGAUAAGCCUGAAGACUCCGUCUUCCAGUACAAAAGCUCAACAUCUUAUAAGCCUCCGCCCUGUUGUGAAAGACUCGAAAUAAGAUAUUCUAGAUUUGGUGUGGACGACUUUGAUUUUGACUACUACAACAAAACCAAUGGAGCCAUAGCAGGCCUCGAAAAUCAUUUGGAUAACUCUUAUGUCAACUCGCUUCUACAAGUGUACAGGUUUACACCAAUCUUUUACAACACAGUCACGAAUUCUUUGCUCCGUGAGUAUCUCCCGAAUGACGAAUCUACAAUAAUUUCAAAAGAAAAUACACAUGGAUCAUCUGUGUUGAACGAACUUGCGUAUCUUCUUGAUAUGAUGCACAAUGCAGGCUCCAGAAAUGUCAGUGUCUCUAACUUUUCCUCUGUUCUCAAUGAAAGCAGUAUUGCGAAGACCUACGAUCUCCUAAACACAGAUGACGGAAAAAGCUUGGACGCACACAAACUUCAGCAUCUUCUCAUCACAUUUAACAAAUUUCUUGUCGAGUCCGUGGUAAACGAUUAUUCGAAUCAAUUCGGGAUCAAUGUACAAGAUCUUACUGCCACUCAUUACAAACUCGAAUUCACCUCUCAAUCGAAAGAGCUUCUUAACACACAAGUUGGUAAUCAAGCUACACUCGACUUAGUGACCCCUCCUCGCUACAUACUUAACAAAUCAGGGAACCAAUCAAACUCCGGAAAUACUCGCUUUGCCAAUAUCAGUGGACUCAAGAAAAAUAACAAUUUGUUGACGUACUUGAAUUACUCCUUGAAUCAACAGCGAGUCAUUCAAGCAUCUCCAUCCAAUCCAUUUCCCGUUGAAGUCAAACAAAGCCUUUUGAGUGUUGGCCCUCUAUUGCUGAUUAAUCUUCCCUUCUCUGAUCAAGAAGUUGAUAUGAUCAAGGGGUAUAAAAAUUGGCUCGUACCUGAAUUUUAUACGGUCAAGACAGCAGAUAACGGUGUGACAUUCAAGCCAGUUGUAACUCACAUCAAUCAACAAGCUUUCAAGUAUGAAUUGCAAGGUUUUGUAUGUGAAGUCCUCGUCGGAUCUCCAACUUCCAGUGGUCAGCACAACCUCAUAUCAUUUGCAAAAGUCAAAUCACCAGCGCAUGGAAAUGACCAAUGGUUCUUGUUCAACGAUUUCCUAGUAAUGCCUUUGCCAGAAAAGGAGGUAUUCGAUUUGUCUCAUGCAUGGAAAAAACCUCUUGUUUUAGUGUAUGUCAAUGUUGAUGAUCCUCGCAACCAAGGAUUUUCAUACUUCGACAGACAUAUGUUUUCGAAAAUGCAGGGUCUCAACGACCUGAUUUUGUUCAAAGACCAUUUUGCAUGUGGAAUAAGAGAGGGAUUCAAGAAAGAAUAUGAGCUCUUGACACAGGAAGAGGCACCCAAAUUUGGUUCACUUGUAGCCAUCGACGCAGAGUUUGUCUGCAUGAAGGCUGCUAUCAUGGAAUUGAACUUUACAGGUGCCAAGACCGUUGUGAGACCAGCAUUGCUCUCACUUGCGAGGAUUUCGGCUUUGAGAGGAGAUCCAGGUCCCAAGAAUGGAGUGGCAUUCAUUGAUGACUACAUUGUUCAUACGAAGCCGAUCCAUGACUAUUUGACGACAUUUUCGGGUAUCGAAGAGGGCGAUUUGGAUCCCUCGAGAUCCAAGAAGACAUUGGUGACGUUGCAAACGGCGUACAGGCGACUUUGGCUUCUAUCGAAUAUGGGGUGCGUCUUCGUGGGACACGGCCUCAAGAGCGACUUCCGCUGCAUCAACUUGCAGGUUCCAAGAAGCCAAAUCCGCGAUACCGCCGAAUUCUACUAUCUUCCCGAGUACCGCCGGAAGUUGAGUUUGAAAUUCCUAGCUUUCUGUGUUCUAGGAAGGUCCGUCCAAACAAACAAUCACGACUCAAUUGAGGACGCACACACGGCGCUUCUUCUCUUUGAGAAGUAUCUCGAACUUCAGGCUGCAGGCGACUUUGAACAUACGUUGCAAAGGGUCUACAAUGAUGGCCAGCAGCUUCGGUUCCGUGUCCCAGAGAUUCCCUCCGCCACGACCAAUUGA